CGGGAGAGACUUUGGGAGCGAUAUUGUCAACCAAUCAAAGAGUGGCACUGGCACAGCUCUUGUUGUACGAUCACCUUAUAAGAACCUUGUGAAUAUCUGCAACUUACUCUUCAUCGUCUUUUGCGGAUUCAAUUGACUGCUGUAGAAAUGCCCGAGCCAGCCAAGAACGCGCCCAAGAAGGGCUCCAAGAAAGCCGUCGCCAAGAGCGUUAGCAAGUCCGGUAAAAAGAGAAAGAGGGGCAGAAAGGAAAGCUACGCCAUUUACGUGUACAAGGUGCUCAAGCAAGUGCACCCCGACACCGGCAUCUCAUCCAAGGCCAUGAGCAUCAUGAACUCGUUCGUCAACGACAUCUUCGAACGCAUUGCGGCUGAGGCGUCUCGUCUGGCUCACUACAACAAGCGCUCCACCAUCACGUCCAGGGAGAUCCAGACCGCCGUGCGUCUCUUGUUGCCCGGUGAGCUGGCCAAGCACGCCGUGUCCGAGGGCACCAAGGCCGUCACAAAGUACACCAGCUCCAAGUAGACCGCUUCAAUCAAAACACAACAACGGCUCUUUUAAGAGCCACUUCAUUUAUCUUAAGAGAAAACACAACUUAAUGUCUCCAUUUCUGCUCAUGGUUGUUUGGCGUUGGUCUGGUACCAGCUGAAUGUGUUUAAUACUGCAGUUGAAUCAUUCAAUUUUGCUUUUACAAUGUUUUAGAUUUUGGCGUGUCACUAUUUUUUCAAGGGUAAGGUAAAACUAGUAAACGCCCAGGAGUGGAUAUUCGUUAUUUUGGAAGCGUAGUUUGUAUUUAUGGUUGAAGCUGUUUCACUGAGGGCAAUGUCACGGAGGCCCGCUUGGGUCACUAUUCCCCCGCAGAAUAGCGCAGGCUUACUCAACUUCACCCGUUUCAUUUAAACACUUUCCCCACAAAUGUUGACCGUAGUUUGCAAAUGUUUCCCCAUGA